AUGCGUUCGUUAAUCACACUCGCUACUGCAGUUGCAGCAUACAUGCUGCCCCAGGCGCUGGCCAUCCCUGCGUUCCCUGGAGCUGAAGGAUUCGGUGCCAAUGCUGUUGGUGGCCGCGGUGGUUCGGUCUACGUUGUCACCAAUCUGAACGAUAGCGGAAGCGGGAGUUUCCGUGACGCAGUCAGCAAGUCAAAUCGUAUUGUAGUGUUCGCGGUUGGCGGUGUCAUCAAGAUUUCUAGCCGAAUCGUUAUCAAGGACCAUAUCACUAUUGCCGGCCAAACUGCGCCGGGUGGGGGUAUCACUAUCUAUGGAAAUGGUGUCUCCUACUCAAAUGCCCACCAUACCGUUACUCGAUACGUCCGCUACCGUAUGGGCAAGAGCGGCGACAGUGGGAAAGAUGGCAUUACCAUUGCUGAUGGCCAUGACAUGAUAUUCGAUCAUGUCAGUGUGUCUUGGGGGCGAGACGAAACUUUCUCAAUUAACGGAGACGUAUCUAACAUUACGAUAUCGGAUUCCAUUAUUGCUCAAGGCUUGGAAACCCAUUCUUGUGGUGGUUUGAUGCAGAGUACAGGAGGGAUUAGCAUCAUCCGAUCGCUUUACAUCGACAACAAGACCCGUAACCCCAAGGUCAAGGGGACCAACGAAUUCGUCAACAAUGUUGUUUACAACUGGGGCGGAGGAGGAGGAUACAUUGCCGGCGACUCUGAUGGAGCGUCUUAUGCGAACAUCAUGAAUAACGUAUUCAUCAGUGGACCGUCCACAAGCGCCCGUCCGUUCACCCGUGGAAAUGCAAACUUCCAUGCAUACGUGCAACGCAACUACUACGAUGCCAACAAAAAUGGUGUCCUCGAUGGGUCCGAACUAGGCCAGAGCACUGACAACUAUUCGGGUGUUGACUUCCAAGCCAAGCGCUACGACUACCCAACAGUCAAGACCCUCCUUGCUCCUCUUGAUGCCUAUGCCAAGGUUAUCGCUGGAGUAGGCGCGUCCAAGUCGCGGGACAACGUCGACACACAGCUCAUCAACCAGGUCAAGUCACUCGGCAAGUCCGGUGCCCUCAUUUCGGACGAAAAGGUCUCGCCAUGGAACUCCGGAGGACCGAUCGCUGGAGGUACUGCACCAAAGGAUACAGAUGGAGAUGGGAUGCCAGAUGACUGGGAGAUUGCAAACGGUCUGAACCCGAACGUGAACGACGCUAUGCAGGAUAAGAAUGGAGAUGGCUACGCCAACAUCGAGAACUAUAUCAAUUCACUUGUAUAA